UGGGGACUUGGAUACGCUCAGACAGUUUGCGGUGAUUCCUUCGACGGAGCGGUUGCAGCCACGGGGCAAGAGCUGGUCGGAAAAUCCGAAAGAAACGAAGUCCACUUCGUGUCUUUUAGAAACACGGGAGCAUCCCAGAAAUAAAGACGCUGAUUGAAUUACAAAUCGGCCAACGACCAUCCAACGAAUUAGCCAAAGAUAAGGACCCAACGGGUAUAAAGAUGUGAGAAGGAUAGACGUAUGGAUUGCCAAACAAGUUGAUGUGGUUAGAAAAAGUUUCGCUCAAGUGUUGUUAAGUGCUGGAAAGUUUGCCGUGAUAGUUAAGUGCGCUCGUAACUGAAACUCGGCCGAUUCGGUGGCCUCACACGUUGGCAUUUUCCGCAGAAACUUUUCGGCCACCCCUCGCCCUUCGCUCACUCUACCACCCCCCCCACCACCACCCGUAAAAUACUUGUACUCUCUACGUUCUUUCGGGGGCCUGUCAAAAUGUUUUGGACUGAACUUUUCGGGCAGGCUCCACACAAUUGAAGUUUUGACAACAAAAUUUAGUUAAGCAAAGCUGCCGCGGUUUCAUAUUCUGUUCCCAUUUUUUUCUCGCCGUGCUCGUCCUGACUGCAGGCUGCAGUAAAAACUGAAAACUGAAAUUCGAGAAAAAAAUUUUGAAAGAACUUUUUUCAGAGGCUGUCGAUCCUUGUUGGGUUAACAAACGUGAACUCCUGCAAAGUGCACAGAUUGAACGUGUGAUGUGAAUGCUCAACUAUGGAUCUGAAGACUGGCUCACUUCUGGUAGCGCCCGCCGUUAAAAACUCUAGCUGCUCGCAUCCGCGCUACUCGGGCCACAACUUCAUCGCUCACAUUGGAAUCGCGGAGACCAUCGAAGCGGUUCUCAUCCUGGUUCUGACUCUCGGGGUAAUUGGGGCCAACUGUCUGGUCAUCUUCGUCAUUAACAAUCGUCGGUAUGCCGCCUAUAUUCAUCAACAGCCACGUUAUCUUCUCACCUCCCUGGCCCUGAAUGACCUAACAAUCGGCCUGUUAAUUACACCAUUUGGCCUAAUGCCAGCACUGUUUCAUUGUUGGCCAUACGGAGAGAUCUUUUGUCAGAUACAGGCUCUGCUCCGCGGCGCGCUUUCCCAGCAGAGCGCUGUUAUCCUUGUUUGCAUGGCCGUCGAUAGAUACAUGUGUGCCCUGCAUCCUCGGCGCUACUAUCAGCACUCUAGCAAGAAGGGCUGUGUCGCCAUAUUGAGCUUAACCUGGAUUAUCAGUCUCACCGUGUUUGGCUUCCUAGUGCUGCCCAAAGGCUACUAUUUCAACAAUACGGGUCUAAUGGCCUGCGAGCCCUUCUACAGCAAGCCAUCGUACAGGAUAUUAUCGACGUGUGCCCUCUACUUUCCCACGACAAUGGUGCUGAUGUACUGCUACGGUUCCAGCUUCCACAUGAGCCGCUUUCGGCUCAACGAUCCCACCAUGCCCCUCACAGCAGCUGUCCACCAUCCCCACCCACAUCCGCAUCCUGCCGCCGCCCAGCUGCAGCACCUGCAACAGCAGCACUCGCAUCUCUACCACGGCCACUCGCAUCCCCACCAGCAUCCGCAUCCCCAUCCCCAUCAUCUUCAGCAUCAGCACCAGCACCCCCACCAUCCGGGCCCCGUAAUGGGGCACCUUGGAAUGGCGAUGGGCAUGGGACUGGCCGGCAUGCCGAACAUGACAAACAAGAUUACCAAAAAGAUGGUUCCCAUCCAAGAGAAAAACUCCAGCGGCAACACUUCACGUUCCAUGGCAGCCAUCUCGCUGGGAUUCAUUGUGAUGGUCACUCCUUGGACCAUUCAGGAGAUAGUCACCGCCUGCACUGGCUCCAAGUUGCCCCCGUUCCUGGAUUUUCUCGUCACCUGGACGGCUCUGAGCAAUAGUUUGUGGAAUCCAUUCAUGUACUGGCUGCUGAACUCUGAUUUCCGGAGGUUGAGUCGUCAGCUGAUGCCCAACAAGUGUUUCCCCCAUGAGGAUACGCCGGAGCACAAAUCAGGCUGUUGUCACAUCAAUGCAAACGAUUUUGAAAUCACAACGCUGCCGAUGCCCCCGGAGCCGCCGUCCUCCCGUCCGCCGCCGGGAAAUGGCAGUGGUGGCGGUACGGGCGGUGGCAGCGGCUCCACUACGGCCGCAGGAGGCGGCGGCGCCGGUGGCGGUGGAGGCGUGACCAGUUCUAUUGGGGGCUCUGUUCUGGGCAUAUGCGCGCGCUCGCGGGCCAAUAGUUUGAGCCGCAGUGCCUCCCAGUAUAUCCGGGGCACGAUGGGCGGCCACAUCCACGCCCACGCGCAGGGUACAGAGUCGUACUCUACCAACCGACCGGAUAUCGAAGGACUGUCUGAGAAGUAUUGGGGCGAAAUCCUAGAGCGGACUGUUAGUUCCGGGAAUCUGAACGCCAUGCAGAAGAACCUGCCCCACCUGCCGUAUUCCACCCACCCCCACCACAUCCACCAGCUGCAUCAGCCGCAGCAGCACAACCACCAAACCCAGCAGCAGACAACCUCCUUCAGCAAAGCCAGUGAUCUGCACCUGAAUCUCUCCCAGUCCACCACUGCAUCUGAGCUGGGUAAGUUCUCCAACUCGGAGCCGAAGCUGUGCGAGCAUCUCUUCCACGACGUCCACUGCGCCAAGAGCAAGGCAGCCGCAAUGGCGGCCGCGAACGGAGGGGCCCUCGACCUGGACUCGUCCGCCAAGCUGUCCUGCGGGCGGAGCAUUCCGGAUAUUUAGUACGCAGAGGACGUGAUCCUGGCCAACAGCCAGCAAUUGGCGCGCCAGGCCAAGUGCUCCCACCACCCCCUCCACCAGCAGGCCAGGGUGCGGGGCAACCUCUUCGGGGGGCAGCAGCAGCACACGGGAAGCCUGCGUCUGAGCCGGAUCCGGGCCGGCUGUCACAGUCCGCCACCGGAUAAGGCCAGCUUCCCGAUGGCUGAGUACCGCAAGUAGUCGGUAAAAAAUAAAAGCGAAGGUAUAACCGCAGCAAGUUUUGGGGAGUGAGAACGAAAA